GAAAGCAAAGACUUAUGAGCAGUGUGAAGAUUUUUUACCAUAAGCAAUUAUUCUCAACUAACAGUGCAGCAAGUUUGUGAAAGAAGUGUGAAUCUUUACUAAAACAUACAGAAGCCCUGAUAACCCAUAUCUCACUGUUUACCAUCUAUUUUAUCUCUUGUUCUGUUUUAUCAGCAUAUAAAUGUUGAAAAGCUUUUGUCCAGUAUUAAUCUCUGUACAGAAAUAGUUCUUCAUUCACAUCUGGUUUCAAGUCCUAUUAAAAUCUGAAGGUGUUUGUCACGUACUGCAUAUAAAUAAAUGUAAGAAACUCACUUCAGCAGUGACCUUCUUCAGUAGUUCUAUAAUUGUAAAAUGAGAAGUAGAAAAUAAAAUAGUGUUGAUACCCAGAAACCACAGAGGAAAACACUUGAAUAUCGACUGCAGUGUUAGUAAAAUCAAUUAUUUUUAUCAGAAUAAUCUUAAAUGUCUUGACUAAGUGAUGCAAUUGUAAUUUGUGUUUUUUGCAACAUUUGCAAUCAAACAUUGACAUUUUAUUGUAAAUUAAGUUUUUGUGACAUAAGCAACUGAAGACCGCGGAAGCAGGAAGUGAGACUGAGACCGUGAGAACUUCUCCUCGAGUGUUGAGCUGUAUCACAAAGAAAAUGUACAUGAUGAAGAUGCAGAGAGAAGAAACAUUGCAAUGUUUUAACAGAAGGACUGACAGUUUGAAGUUCAUUGUGUUUUUCCUUUGGCUCAUAACAGGUCCUGAAUGCACAACAGGUUCAGCAAGCAGACGGUUAACAGUUCAGACUGGAGGAUCGCUCAUUAUUCCAUGUCAUUAUGACAGAAAAUACACUGAUCACAAAAAAUACUGGUGCUUUCAUGCCAAGUCAGCUUACAAUUACUGUAGUACUCUGGCAUAUGCUAAUGAAACCAAAGGAAGAGUGUCAGUGAUUGAUCAUCCAGAUCAGAGUUUCUUUACUGUGACUAUGAGAAACCUGCAGAAUGAAGACACUGGAGCUUAUUGGUGUGUUGUGGAGAUUGGAGGAAUAUCAGAACUAGAUGAGUGUGAGCAGCUCUAUCUGACAGUUCAAUCAGCUCCUGAUGUGUCUGUGGUGAACAGCAGUGUAUCUGGACAUGAAGGUGGUGAUAUCAGUGUUCAGUGUUUCUACAGUUCUGGAUACAAGAAUAAACUCAAACAGUGGUGCAGAUAUAAAGAUCAGAGCUGUUACACAGUGGGGAGGACUAACACAUCCCAGAAUUCAUCAGUCCAGAUCAGUGAUGAUGGGAGAAGAUCCUUCACUGUGCUGAUGACUGGACUGAGACUCACUGAUUCUGGCUGGUACUACUGUUCUGCUGGAGAUCUGCAGGCUCCUGUUCACCUCACAAACACUGAAUUCAAAAGAGCUACACCAUCUCACUCUAAAACAGACAUGCACACAACUCACCCAACAACCAACAUGAAUCCUACAAGUAUGAAUAAAAUAAUAAACACUAUGACAGCUUCAAGACCUGUGACAGAUGUAGCUGAAACCCAUCCAGCUCAAACAUCAGCCACAAAGACUGUUAAUAGUGAAAUACACAGCACGGAUGAGAAAAACAAGCAUGAUGUGAUUCUGGUGAUGUUUCUUCCAGUGAUGCUUGUGCUCUUACUGUUUGUAACUCUUGUUGCCAUGGUAACCUGGAGACUGAGAAAGAAACCAGAGAGAAGUCAAAUUGGAGAAGAACAUUUUAACAGCACCAGAAAUACAGUUUGUGUUUUUGUCCGGAUGCCCUGUGAAAACCAGAUGACAUCCAACAGUCCGGCAAAUGCUAAUUCUUCUUUCUCAGUGGAUGUUAGUUCAGUGUUUACAGUUCUGGAAUUACCUUUUGUAAAGCAGUUUCUCCUCUGAAUGUUCUCCUUUGAGAGUUUUUGUAAAAGUGAUGUGUGAUCUCAGCAGUGUCGGCUGGGGUGUGGCUGUGAAUUAAAAAAAAUUUGGCAUUUCUGUGUUCCAUGUAACACUAAAAUGUCACACCAACGGUUGCUGUGAUGCAGAAAUGAGAUUCUCAAUGCUGAUCUUGUUCAUUCACAGCUUUCUUCAUCAGUGAACUCAGAAGCUGAAGUGAUCUACAGCUCUGUGAAAAUAUACCCAAGGCUGUGAGUUCUUAACAAGAGGUGCUACUUCUGCUCCCUCUAAAUGAAGUUAUGAAAAAAUGAAAGUCAAUCAUGGUUAAUUAAUAGUAAAUCUACUUUACAGUUUCAGAUUUAAACAGUGUGAAGUGUUGGUGCUUAACAUAUGUACCUAUAGAUGUAAGUGUGACAGUGUUCUUUUUUAAAAAUAUACUGUAAGCUAGUUGCCAAUACUGUGAAAACAAAAUAAUUCAAGCCUUACAGUAUGUAGUUAUGAAGUACAUUUUUUAAGCACAUCUGCAUAUUACAGGUAUAUUCCAAAAAUUAAUUCAUGACCAAUCAACACUUGUAUUCCUUUUUUAAAUCCAAAUUAGUGCCACAUAGCCUAACGUUUAGGCUUACAUACAGUUAAUUUAUAUUUUUGUUAGUUGUCAUUUUAAUUAUUUUAUUUUUGUAAUUAAAAUUUAAAACAAUUAUUCAUUGUAAUUGUGCAUUGUAAAAAGCCAAUGCAUGAAAUUGUUUAUAUAGUUUGUAUUGUUUUCUUAAUGUUAUCCACAAUUUGUUUGUGGCGCCACCUGCUGGUGAAUUUUAACCCCCAAUGCAAGAGCGACAUCAUUUUUGUGCAUUUCAAUACAUUUUUACAAAAAAUUAAAAGAAUAUAUAUUUUCAAAACACACAAUUAGUCCAGCUUUUAUGAUCUCUAAACAUGUCCAAGAAUUGUGGUAUUGUCAAUGUCACUUUUUAAAGGCGUCAUAUGAUGCAAUCUAUUUUUUUCCUUUCUCUUUGGAUUGUUACAAGCUCUUGGUGCAUGAAGAAUAUCUGUAAAGGUGCAAAGAAUAAAGUCUCAAAUCCAAAGAGAUCUUCUUCAAA